UGAGCUGGAUCGGUCGGUAUCGCUCCCGCUGUAGCCAGGCGGGCAGGCGGAAGAGAGGAGAACGUGCGUAUACAGACCGCGAGCGACGCAGCGCUUACGUACGCGCCGUUUGCGGCGCGCGCAGUCUGUGGCGUCUUUUCUGCGAGCGAAACUGCGUGAUCGCAUUUUAUUUUCGCUUUCUCUCUCUCUCUUCGCUCCCUCGCGAGCACAACAGCUGUUCGCCCGCCAAAGGCGAUCGGUCAGUCGAGCGUUUGGACUCCGUGCGCGCGAGCUGUUCUGCUUCCUCGGUGAAAGAAAAAGUUAUGCCUCUGGUUCGCGAACGCCGCCGUUCGAGAACGUCGCGGUGGUAAAAAAAAAAAAAAAAAUGCGAGCGGACGCUGCGGCGUUCCUCUCCCCGCGUGGUUCUCAGCCGCGCGAUAUGUCCUUUCGCGAGUGCGAGGUGGCGAGCGGACCUUGGAGGUCGUCUGGCGACAAACCCGUUCAGCUGGUGGAUAACGGCGAUCAGCGUCAUGAUGGGGGCAGCGGCGGCCCCCGUGUGGAUGACUAAUGGAGGAGGCUGUGGUGGCUACUACCACUGCAGGCAGUGCCAGCUGGGAGCGGUGAAUCGUCGUUCCCCGGUGGUGAUCGCUGCCCCCCUGACCCGUGAGGAGGGGCUGGCAGGCGGCCGCGCCAUGAACGGCCCCGAAGGGGGCGGCGGACCCGCCGCCCCCGUCGCCGGGGGGUUGCCGGGCACCUCGCCGCCGUGGGCGCCCCCUCGACACGCGGUGCCCAAACGCAAGAUGGCCGUGGCGCACGGCCCGCUGGUGCCGCGCAAUGCGUCUCCGGGCCAAGAGCUGAGGCCGUGCGCCGAGAUGCUGCAGCAGGGCGGCCUGCUGGUCGCCGGAACCGUGGACCUGGCCUCGUCCGCCAGGGAUCCCGCGGUCACGUCCAGAGACCUACUACUCCCAGGUGGCGCGUGUCGAGUGUCGUCGCCACGCGACUUCCACCGGCCGUCCAGGGAGCACCGGUCUUCGAGGGAUUCUCGAGAGCUCCCGCUCAGGAUAGACGUGGGCGCUCCUGGAGCCUCUAGAGACUAUAAUCUGUCAUCGUCCCCCGGUGACUUCUGCUUUCCCCCGAGAGACGUUACCAGAGACGUCGCCAGCUCGUCGCCCUCGACGAGGCUGUCCCGGAGUGGCGACUCGGCGCGUCCCAAGGACUCGACGUCAUUGUCCGGCGCCAGUAGCAACAGCAUCAUGAGUGCCUGUUCCUCGACUUCGGUAACCCCCGUAGUGACUCCGGUGACUCCGCCCGCUGCAGUGACCGGUUGCAGCGGUGACGUGAACAUGCCCAGCACGGUCUACGGUUCCAGCCCGGGCCGCAAGCUGGAGGACACGCUUGCCGGCCUGAGGCUGGCGCCGCCGCGCGAGAGCGUGCUGGUUCGCGGUCCGGGACUGUCGUCCGCGACGACGAGGCCGCAGGUGACCAGUCCGCAGAUCCUCGAGCAGCACAUCAGCAAGAUCAUCUCCGAGAACGCCGCCAUCGUAGAGACGCUCGACCCGUUAUGGACCAAGCGGUACAUGCGCCACAACAGUUCGAGCAGCAGCAGUUCUUCGACGACCAGCGGCGUCUGUAGCGGCGAAUCGUCGCGAAGCGGAAGUUUAGGCAGCAGCACCACCAGUAGUGCGCGAAAGUGGAGUCUCGACCCUUCGGCGACGGCGCUGCGAGGUCGCUUGAACCCGCGGAGGGUCUCCGAGAGCGCCCUGGUGCGCGCGUCCGUCGCGUCGCCUUCCUCCUCGUCGGCGGUCGUCCCCGCGUCUCCCCCGAUCGCUUCCGUGACGUCCACCGUCGCCGGCUCCGCGUCGUCGCCCCCGGACGCUCCUGACGGCAGCAUCAUCCGCGACCUGCUGCUGCGGCACCGGGGCGAAGGUGUCGACGCCGCCGCGGGUGCCGCCUGCCCCAAGUGCGGCAUCUGGUUCCGGAGCGCGGCCACCCUGGAGGUGCACCUGGAGCACUACUGCAAGGCGCCCAACCCACCGCCCAAGAAGCGCAAGAUAUCGGAACCCGUGCUCUCGUCUCACCACGCGGCGGCCGCGUCGCGCUUCCCGUUUCCCCCGGUGUCGACCCGGGCCGCCGACGACAUGAUGACCGGCCGGGUCGCCGCCUGCAGUUCCGUCGGCGGUGGAAGUUGUAGAAGCAACAGUGUGGCGUCGUUCCUGCCGGGUCCGUCGACCUUCGACGGUAAGGCGCCACCGCUGCCGGGACCACCCGCAGCCUCCGCGCCGGCGCUUCCACCGCUUCCGCCCCUGGUGGCGUCCACUCCGCCCUCGAUGUCACCCCCGGUCCUGACGGCUGCGCCCGUGGUGACCAGCACGGCGACCCCUUCGCCGGCCCUUCUGGCUCCACCCCUGAGGGCAAACAGGCCCACGUCGCUAGCCCUGGGCAGUGGUGCGUCAACGCUGGUCGGCUCCACGCUGGUCAGCCCCGAGACGCCCCGGCCCAAGAAGACAUGUCAGCAACUGUACAUCAACGGUCAUGCGUACACCUACCUGGGACUCAAGUGCUCCACGCGCUCGACCUACUGCUGCAUCUACCGGCCGCAGCCCAUGUACGUGGCGCAGGAGGCGGCGCCCCCGGGACUGUCCAUGUACUCGGAUUGGCGCGUGGUACCCGUUGCCGACCCAGUGCCUGGCGUGACGCACGUGCGCCUCUUGACGCACUACGACUCCCGCCAGUGGCUCCACACGGGCGCUGGCCGCACCACCAUGAGUCCCUGUGGGGCAGCGGCGCCCCUGGUGACCCACUCCAGUUACUGGCUCUACCGCAGCCGCGCACCUCCUAAGGAGCCGCCUAGGGAGGCCACAGCGAUGGAGUCUGAAACAAGUGCUACAUCUCCACAAGCCAGUGUUGACAUGGACGAGCCCAUGCCCUCAGAGGCUACGGCGCCAGAGGAACCAAUGAUGGAGUCUGUUCCAGAUGCCAGUGUGGCCACUGCAGAGCCUCCUCAGGUGGUGCAGCCAGUUGUGCCUUCAAUACCAAUACCAGCCAUGCCUCAGGUGGCACCACUGUUGCCGCCAACAUUACCCCCACCACCAGUGCCUCCUGCCGCACCAGUGCCAAUGGCAACAUCGUCUGAGGGUCCAGGCAGUCCGAUGCAGACGGAUCCAGUGGCAGUGUCAAAGGAAGACACCGUGGCUACUGCAGCCGACGGAAAUGGAAGCAGCGGCAGCCCGAAGCGAGUCCGCAUCUUCGAAGGGGGCUUCAAGUCCAACGAGGCGUACACUUAUGUGCGCGGUCGCGGGCGUGGCAAGUACGUCUGCGAGGAGUGCGGCAUCCGGUGCAAGAAGCCGUCGAUGCUCAAGAAGCACAUCCGGACGCACACGGACCUGCGGCCUUUCUCCUGCCACCACUGCUGCUUUGCCUUUAAGACCAAGGGCAAUCUGACCAAGCACAUGAAAUCCAAGGCACACCACAAGAAGUGCACCGAGCUGGGCAUUCUCCCGGUACCCACCACGGUGGAUGACUCGACCCAGGUGGAUCCGGACACGCUCGCCCGACAGGAGCAGCAGCAACGCGAACGGCCUGCUUCAGAGGACGACGAAGAGGAGGAAGAGGAGGAGGAGGAAGAGGAAGAAGACGAUGAGGAGGAGGAGGAAGAAGAUGAGGAGGAGGAGGAUGACGAAGGCACACCCAUUGGCUUGUUGGCAGUGGCGGCACCAUCAGCAGCACCUCUACCGCCUCUGUCCAGUGGCCCUCCUCCGCUGAGCAUUGCCUGCAACAUCCCAGUGAUCACUCUGACCGGCCCACCCAACAGCGCCUCACCACUGGCGCCUCCACCGAUCGCAUCCAUGGUGGCCACUUGCCAAGUCUCCGAAGAGCAGGAAGCCGCGCGUAGCCUUCUGCACCUAUCGGCUCACGUUCCGGAUGCCGCCGCAUGGCCCGGUGACGGAGGACCGGUGAUGGCUCCCACGUCAAGAACGUCUCCAAUCUCCAUUGCGGCCAGCACCGGCCUGAUGGUUGCACCAGCCACAUUUGUUGGUGGAACUGGCUCCCCCAGCAACCCCGGAACCUCCUCCGAGCUCACCGUUCCAGAAGCUGGCUCUUGGCCGCAAGGCGGCCUUCCGUGGCUAAGCAGCCCCCCCGCAGGCCACAGGCCUCGCUCUUUCUCCAUGGAGAUGCACGAAAGAGCUGCUGGUAUUGCCGAGGCGGAACCGACCCGGCGCUACUCCAUGUCGUCGCUUGGCCGGCACCCUGACGAGGGUCCCAUGGACCUCAGCACGGCCAGGCAGCGACGCCUGGAGAUUCUUCCAGGCGGCUACGUCUCGGGCCACAACGUGCGCUCUUAUGCCCGAGAGGGCGGGCUCCUGGGCACGUGCCUCGAACUGGGGGGCCCCGGAUCUGCCGGCAUCCCGCCCCAUCCCCACGGGGUACCAGUGGUAUCCCCGAGCAGCGAGUCCAUUGGAACUGCUGUGAGUGGCGGCGAGGAAGGCCGCUGCGGGAUCUGCCACAAGAGCUUCACAAAAGCCAGCCAGCUGCGGAUGCACGUCAACAUCCACUACUUUGAGCGGCCAUUCCGGUGUGAGGCAUGCGCUGUCUCAUUCCGAACUCGGGGGCACCUGCAGAAGCACCGGCGGUCGGUGGGCCACUACAACCGGCUCAACAUGAACCUGGCGUUUGGUGCCCCAUCAGCUGACAACCCGCGGCCGUUCAAGUGUGCGGACUGCCAGAUUGCAUUCCGCAUCCACGGCCAUCUGGCCAAGCACCUGCGUUCCAAGAUGCACAUCCUCAAACUCGAGUGCCUGGGAAAGCUGCCCUUUGGCAUGUACGCUGAGAUGGAGCGCUCAGGCGUCAACCUCAACGAGAUUGACACCUCUGACUGCGACAACUCACUCGAAAGUUUGCAGGUCAUGGCACAAAAGCUGUACCAGCACGGCGAACCAACCGUGGGGUCGCCUGUGGCGUCACCUGUGGGUGUGGCGGACAGUGUGAGCCCGCUCAGGAGUGGGGGCAGCCCGCCACCUGUCAUAGAGGCCCCGCCUCCUCCUGCGUGGGAGGGUGGGGCACUGCGGCCCUGCCACUUGUGCGGCCGCCUCCUCAAGAGCGCCAAAUCGCUCCAGGUGCACCUACACUGCGACCACCAAGCGGGCGCGGGGAUCCAGCAACCGGAUGACGAGGUGGGGGCUGUCGCCCAAGUCCACUCCCCCCCUCUCGCCACGCCCUGGCUCUGCUCCAUCUGUCAGAAGGCAUUCCCAUCGCAGGCACUACUCCAGCAGCACUUUCUGUCACACACACAGCCAAGGCCUUACGUGUGUGAUCAGUGUGACGCCGGCUUCACUUCAGCUCUGCUCCUGACCAAUCACGUUGCAAACAGCCACCCUGCUGCAGCGGACAACAUACUCCCACCUAGGGUGCCUCUCGUUCAGAGCCCUGUCCUGUCCACCGUCUGAGCACCGCCUUGUGUUAGUGCGGACAUUGGCCGUUGCUCAGCUGAAGUGGCAAAAGAAAUGAUUGCACAGGACAACGGCGGGCGACGCAACCACGACGGGCUUCGUUUCUUGGCGACACCCUUCGCAUUGCCUUGUGCGCCUUCGAGCACGAACUGUGGCAGUGGCUGUAAAGAAGCACCAUUACCAUUUCCCGCCAUGUCUGACCACCACACUGUCCCACUAUAUAUAUGUUCCUCCAAGGAUCCCAACUCGUCUUGCGACAAUUCUUCAGUGCAUAACGUCGUGCCAUUAUAGACAGUGCGCUUAGUGACAGUCACUGGUGUGGUUGCUUGCCCCCCCCCCCCGUCCUUUUUUUUUCUUGCGAGUCAGCUUCCUUGGCAAUGUGCUGUCCCAACCGCUAACACUGCAUCCAUGCUCAUAUGCAUCGUUGCACAUCUCGCAUGCCGCUCGUUAUAUCUGGGCCCUUGAUGGCCUGCUCAUCCCGUUAGGGCUCCGCAACAUUGCUUGACAACAGUGUCGAGGUGUCUCGGGCUAGUGUUGCGUGCCUGUGAGCGUUGUCCUGUCCCAUCGAACAGCUCUGGCAUAAUGUUCUUGGCCGAGCGUAAUGCUCGGUCAAGUACCAACAAGUCGCCAGCGCUUGUUAUGGGAGGCCGAGAGAUGUGGUGGUUUGUUGUGUGUUCAAUCUGCCGUUAACAGUGGACAAUUUGAUCUUUUGAGAGCAAGUGCCUGCGCUUCCUCUAAGUGCGGAGAGUCCUGGUGCGACGAUGGGCCGAAGUGUGACUGUGCUAUUAAUAGGGUACAAGCGUUUUUUCGUCGGACCGAGUCGAGUGCCCACUUGCAAGUUAUCGCUUCAAGCGAUGGCAGACCUGUCCUUUGCACUUUUCAUGCCCCAAUGCUGCAAGUUGCGUGCGUCAUCUUUCUUGUUUUCCUCCACACCACUUCUGAGGGAAGACCUGCCUUCCAUUUGUGGCAGCUGCUGGCUCAAAAUUUGUUUGCCCUGAUUUCUCUUUGCCAAGGGGCAGGUGGCCAUUUGAGCUUGGACAAGGUGUAAUGUAAAAAGUACUGCCCACUGUUUCUUUCUAUAUAAUUUUUUUUUUCUCGUGGGAUAUUUGCCCGGUAUCUUAAUGUGUUGCAUCAACACAGAACUGCUGUGGUUCACGACAAACGGUGUUUCCUGGCGUGCCGUUUGGAGGCUUGCUUCCCCACCCGUUGCGCCAGGUGCACCAAGUUUUUUUUUCUCUGGUGUUGCCGCCCCUGUACAGUGUUUUUUUUUUUUGCCCCUCGGUGCGACACGCAGAUGCCUUGCACCUGGACUUGCAGUUUACACUAGUCCCUGAAUGUGGUGUUCUCCCCAGAGCCAUGGUUUAAGUUUUUGAAACCCUCUGGGGGGCUGCUGCCCAUUACUGUGUACAGAAUGUUGCAGUUUUGUUUGCUUGUUUCUCGUGGGGAGGUGUGUUUAUGUUUGAUAGCGAGAAGUUUGUCUUUACGCGCCUCCUACAUUCUUACCCUUUGCGUCCUAACUUUAGUGGACCACACAUGUUUGUUUAUUCUUUUUGUAAGUCAACCUGGUUUACCAAUUUGUUGCAUUUUUCUAGCCAUUCUCUGUUCUCAGCUUUCUCUGUUUUCACACGCUUUAUUGCAAAAGUUACUGAUCUUCCUGGCCUUUUUAUCUAUGACUGCACCAGCCCUGUUUGUUAUCUUGCUUAGGCCUUCUGGGGCAACUGUUGCUAUGGCAACUGAUGAUAUGUGUUUGCCAUUAUAUGGUGUCCUGAUAUAUAUAUAUCGCGCAUCAUUGUAAGUCAUGAAGCUCAAGGAGGAAUUCAGAUGUCGUGCAAUGAGAUGCCCGCUCAGGCUACUUUUGUUUUUGUGACAGCAAGGUGCUGACAAUCUAAGCUUUGAUUUAAUGUUUGUUUCUUCAACUCGCUGUCAUGACCUGUGCGCCUUGAUACAAAGCGGCAGAUUGUCUGGCUCACUAGUUAGAGGGCGUUGUUCACCUUGCGUACUUCGCGGCACUUCUCCAUGUAUUAACUGGCUCUCUUCGUCAUUACACAUGGAAGAAAUUCUCUAUGUCCCAGUGAAACGCUUAUCACGGUCAUCUUGGCUCGCGUGCUGUCCAAGGCGGCUUCUUUGACUCGUUGUAAGCACCGCUCCGGUUUGCUUCGUCAUGCUGCACAUUAUUAUUUCUUUCUAAUUCUGUUUGUAAGCAGUACAACCGUAACCAGAUGAGCAACAGAUGCCCAGUCACCUUUAUUACAAUUGCUUCAUACGCAUGUACUGCGUUUCCCAGGUAGAGUUGGAGAAGCAAUUUUUUUUUUUUUCUUCACAGGUCGUCAGGAACGAUAAAAUGGUGCUGCCACAUGCAACAAAAAGAAGCGUGUUCAUUGGUGGCGUCAUCUCUUCCUCCACCUCUCGGUGGCCUUUUCUGCAUCCCUUUGUUUCUUACAUUGAAGUUCAGCCUGUUCCUAACAUGUAAUCAAAAUUUGAAAGUUUUGCCACUCUUGUGCUAGACCCGUCUGGAUGGGUUUGUGCACGUUGUUUGCUGACAACUGGUUGUGUAACUGAGUGAGCGUCUUGAAUGCAUACUGCCGGAAAGGCCCAAGUUCACUGCCAUAUUUGCUGUAACUGGCACGAGUUGCUCGUGUGUGCGUAGGCCAGUGUUGUGUUUGGGCAAGUGUUAAGGUUUUUGCUGUGGCGGUAGUACUUGCACGAGUUGUGUGUGAGGAUGCUUGAUGUAGAUUUGCAUUACCAUAUGUGUACGAGUGCCCAAGUCUCUGAGCGUGUGACUAGAAAGCUGGUUACUUUCGCUAAUUUAACACCUAGCAUACCUGGCAGCAAAGCAGGAACAAUUGUUCAUAGGCGAGCAACGUUUUUCUGGACCGAGUUCACUGUCUGUGGAGCCUAAAUAAAGCUACUGCUCCGUGAAUGCUCAAGCUGAGCAUCCAGGAUAACUAGAAAAUCUAGCCCUCACUUCGCACUGUCAUGGAAAGUAAUUCUAUCCCCAAACUUGACUUCAGCAAUGUCCUCAACCCUUUCUAUGCAGCAAGGUGUAAAUGAAGCUCUCCAAAAAAAUUGCUUCGGCUUUCAAGCACUUUCUUUGUCUAGGAAGGUCAUUCACUCACACGUAUGCCCAUGAAAAACAUAGUUAAAGUGAGAAUAGUGACCUCAGUGACAGAAAUUACAAUCGGAGUGGUCCCAACAUCUCUGGAUUGUCAGGUGCACCUUGCAUAAGGGACCCCUUAAAUCUUGUCCCGAAUGGGGACCUUCUCAGGGCAUGAAAAAGCAUUAAAAUUGCUCAUCACCGGCUGGCUCGGUGCCUGGCCUUCCUACAUUCUUUUCCCAUUUGCUGCAGCCAUUGUUUGCUAAUGUUGUGACCCUGUAGUGUCCAGAGCCACAGGCAUGUAUUGAAGGUUACCAAAUUUUGGUCUUGUGCGAAGUUGGGGUCUUGAGGUCUACGCAUCAGGCACAUGACGCGCUGCGGUCGCUGUCGAGAUGGGCUACCAUUUCUUGCAUGGUCUCCUAUGAAUUUCAGCAUCACCUUGCAAGGUGGCAUCUUGGACUGCCAUUUCGCGAGUGAAGAGUUAGCCACUGUUUUCGUAGAGCACGAAUUCUCUGUACUGUCAGCUUGCUUCCCUUGGAGGAUCCACGCGCAUCCAAUGCAUUUAGAGUGACCAAGGCUGUCUUGCACGGAAAAUGCAAGGCAAGCCUCUUGUUUGCAGCCAUAAAUGCCGCAGCUUAUCACCAGCCGUUGCACUUCUCGAUGUGUGCGAUAAACUUGGGUCAAGCUUGCCAUUUGCAAGUGUAAAGCUGCGAGACGUUUAUGUAAUUUCUUUAUUGUCACUUGUAAACCAUGACAGUAGCUUUCGUGACAUUGCUACAAGCUCUGAAAACGAUAGAAAAUAUUGUUAAGAAUGCGCAUUCACAUUCCGUUUUUUUUUUUUAAUCAGGCACUAUACUGCUUUUUGCUGAAGGCUAGCCAUCCAUUUAAAAUUUCAACCCUUUUCUGCUCAGAGUUUGUGAUUGGUCAGCAGAGCAAUGAAGUAUGCAGUUACGUUUAUGUAUGCACGAGUUCUUUGCUUGUAGGGGCAUUUUUGCUAGGGUAUUCAACCUAAAGGGUACAUAUUCUUUAGCUGUUUAUUUUAUUAUUAUUAUUAUUUUAUUUAUUAUCUUUUCUUUUUCUGAGAAUGCAGUGUAGAUGGACUUCAGUCCAUGUUUGAAACACGUGCCAUACAAUAAGUACAAUAAUCGGGGAUCAAAUCUCAGAUGCCUAUGAGAAACAUGUCAGUAACUAUGUGACAAGCUACUCUAUAUCCAUUUGAGCUACUGCAGUUUCGUUUGCGAACCUUGUAGUAAAAAAAUAAAAAAACAUAUUCCUUCUGUGGGCACACAGAACAUUACAUUGCAGAAAUGAUUUUCAUCACAUGCAGACGUUUUACGUCUCGCGUGGCCGAACAGAUGUGUCGCUGCAGUAUAAGCAGCUGAAAGAUUAGUGCCCUGAUCCGCUUCCCUCUUAAACUGGGAAUCUGCUUAGUGUUUGGCCUACCCUGGGCACUGACGAGGAAUUUUGAGCCAUGUCUAUAAGCAUACCAGAUACAUCUUUUUCUCUAGAAACAAAGCAGCCGUGACCUGCUUUGCAAGUCGGUCACUGGAGUGUGGCCCAGGUGCAAUUUCUGCAGGUCAUAGUGUGCACAUUAUGUGUUGUGGAAGUUUUCAGCAAGGCAUCUGUCUGAGCUAACACCCCCUCUCCUGUGUUGCAUUGCUCGAUGCUUCCAUGUUGUUCACUGUUUGUGAACAAUUACGAGUCAUGUCUCCACAUGAUCAUUCAGAUUGGAGCUGUUCAGCAAUGCGUGGACCGUCAUUGUGGAAAUACAUUUCAUAGCUGAAUGUACGGGAUCGACACUCUGGAUGCAUCUAAAUACAAUCGGUCUGCUGUUUCUUUUUGAGCCAGCAAGCAUUAUUAUCCAUGUCUGGCCUAGUUUUCAACAGGUGAUACCGAUUACUGUUUGAGAAAGCACCAGGUGUCUGUUGGCUGUUGCAGUUUAAACUUGAUAUCAAGGAAGGAAACUCAGUCUGGUGCACUUGUCACCAGCUGACGGUGGUUGUGCUGCUGUCACCUCUUGAAGUGUGUGAAGCGUGUGUUGAGAUUAGUUGGCUGACAGGGAAAGUGAAUGUUGCGCGCAGUUUCUGGCUGUUGUUCAGACAGGGUAUAUAACGGAGAUUUUUUUAUAGUCCUUCGUGCACAGUUGUUGUAGUGUGCGUGUGUCUCAAAAAGCCAACAGCAGGCAUGGUAAGCUGUGAAAUGGGUGUACUGCAAUAACCUGUCUGGUAACCACCACCGACACUUCUGCUUAGCUUCUCUAUGAACAGAGCGCAUCAAAAUGCCAUGUGCCUGCUUUAGAAUUGACUUUUGGUCAGGAAUAUGUGCAUGUGGCCUAUCGGAUGCCUAGGCUGAAUUCACGGUGAAGGCAACUGCUGGCUGCAUUGUCACACAAGCAGGCAGUUGAACAAAGUGAGCUAUGGCCCCUAAGAGAUACGAAACAUUUUAAGAUGUUGUGUUUGCCACAUGAUGCCACCUGUUAUCCAACUUUGUUGUUUACCUCUGCAUUUGAUUUUUUCAAUGUUUCAUGCUUUCCGCAUCCUGUCAACCACCUUUAUGUAUGCAUGCUGUUGUUUCAAAGCAAUCCACACACAGCAUGUUGCUGAAAAGCAGCACAUUGAAAAAUUGACAACAGCCUGUUGUUGUGGUGCGAGAAGUACGUUGCACAAGGUGAAAAAAUUUGGAGUGCAUGCCAUACUACAAUGCACAUACCGUGACAUUUAAUGACUGCAGUGUUAUUGACAGUAACGACUGAAGCAGUUACAUAUAUGCACGGCUGUGCUCAUCAAGGCACAGAUUGCUUAGUCUUCGAUGUUUGGUCAUGGAAGAAGGGGUGAAAGUUAUUGGUGCAUUUCGUUACUACAAUAUUCAGAAACCGACGAAAAAGACUGGCUGGACCGAGCAUAAAUAUUGUUGCAACAGUUGUUGAUAGGCAUUGAAGAAACGUUACUCACACAUUUGGGCGCCUUUAUUAGAAACUACAACAUUAUGGUACUUUUCAGCCCAAAAUAGCAGGUAGUAAACUCUCUGCCUUGCCAGAAAUGGCAUGACUUGCAGAUUUUUCGGCGAUUGAAAGGCUGUGCGCACAUUGAAGGCCUCUUGAUUGUAAUGCAAGCACCAUUCCAAAGAUCGCACUAUAUGUGAGUCGUGAAAGUUGAAGCAACAAUGGUGGCCAAUUGUGAGCAGAACUGUUGUCGGUGGAGCUUUCUUGCCAUGGUUUCCCUGACCUUGUCACAUCAUGCUUUUGUGGCUUGCACAAUGUAAGAAAUGCAUCAUGCAUAGCUUUUUAUGCCGUUUCAAUCAAAUAUAACAUGUUUUUACUUUUGUGGUUAUAACACACCCUCCUCCACACCCCCUUCCCCCCACCCUCCCUCUCGAGCAAGUUGGUGAGAGAGCAGUUUUUUUUUUAUCUCUAUUGUCACGAGCUGUUAUGACUCUUUUAAUUGCUGUUAUUUGUUGGUUAUUGUUGUUUACUUUUGACAUGCUUGAGCGCGUUUGCCUUUGCUGCCACCAGAAGAGAUGCUUUUCCAAGCACAGAUUGCACUAAGAAUGUUUGUACACAUUGCAUUUGUCACGUCCACACUGACUGAACCGAGUGUCGUGAUUUUUCUUUUCUUUUUGUUUAUGGGUGUGUGCGUGCUUGGCAAGGUGCCCUAUUGAAACCGGUGAUGACGUCGGCGAGGUCGUUUUGAAGCCGCGUUUUUGUUUGUCGUGUUUAAUAUUGACCGUGGUGGCCGUCGUCUAGGUGUGCCUGCCGAGGCGCGACGGUUUCUGCGAAAAUGUUCCCAAGUCGGGAACGAAGCUGUUUGGUGUUGUAUGUUUGUUCGACCACCCCUCCCACAAGCACAAACAGGUGCUUUUGGGAAAGCACUGUCACGGAGGAUGUUGCUGCGUUGCAUUGUACAGAAAGAAAAAAAAAGAAAAACUAUUGUAAAGAGUUCCAGCACCUCCUGCUCUUCACCCACCCCGAAGCCAUGUUUUUUUUUCUCACCCAACACGUUCCGUGCUGAAAGUCUUGUACAUAAAGGGCCACCACACAUCGUUGAUCCUUCCCUCUCGUUUUUCUAUCAGUCUGUUACUCGGCCCGAAAUGCAUUCAGCAGGGAAUCCAUACGUGUGUCUACAUGUCGGUCCGGGGUGUGUGCAUGUGUGUAGGGAGCUGGGUCCUUUCUCUUUUUUUUUUUUUUUUGCUGUAAUGUUAUAUAGGCUGUUAGAGUACUAGGACCACCAAUAAAGACCUGUUUCUGCCUUUGGAAA